AUUAGCAGUUGAGCAAAAAAGUGGGAAAUACAGUAUGUGCCUGUGGAUAUGUUGGGACUAUCAUGCAGUAUAAAUGGCAGGAUCAGGAAAUAGGGAUGAGGAAGAGUUUCAGUCACAAGCAGUCACCUGAGGAACUGGAGCCGUCCCUUUCAGUGGAUGCCCUUCUGUAUUCUCCAAUGGCACCAGAUAGUCCAGCCCAGGGCGCUACUUCAUCAGCGCACACAGCAUCUUCUGACAAUGAUUCAGGCUGUGCAUUGGAAGAGUAUCUUGAUCUUAAGACUCACCCCAGUGCUCUGAGAUUUACCUUAUCCAGCAGUGACACACAAGAGCUGAAGUUUGUCCAGACUCUGCUCCACUUGCUGCCCCCUCAAGACAGUGAUGAGAGGUUCUGUACGGCUUUGGGAGACUUAGAGAGGAGAGAGCUGCAAACAUUCAGUGCACAUCGAAGACUACAUUCAAUGAGACAUGGGAGGAUUGUGCUUGUCACUCCAGACUCUCCCGAUAGCUGCUGUAUGAGGUGUGGUGACAAGAUUUUAGUGGGUGAUACUGCUGUACAUACAGAACGGUUUCAAGAUGAGCGGCUUUGCUGGCACAGUAGGUGCUUUGUCUGUGAGACAUGCCACUUACCUUUGUCGCAGUUCAUCUACUUCAUGCAGGACAGGAGAAUUUACUGUGGCCGCCAUCAUGCAGAACUUACUAGAGCUCGCUGCGCAGCCUGUGACCAGCUGAUUCUGUCGGAGAGAUGUACUGUGGCUGAGGGACACCACUGGCACGUGGAACACUUCUGUUGCUGGGAGUGCGAGAUGGUGCUGGGUGGAAGCCGGUAUGUGAUGAAAGGUGCAAGACCUUUUUGUAGGGGCUGUUUCCAGCGUCUUUAUGCUGAGAGCUGCGAGGCUUGUGGGGAACCUGUCGAUCCGGAUGGAGAUCUGGUGACCUUAAAAGGGCAGUACUGGCAUUCACUGCCCUCCUGUUUCUGCUGCUUCAGUUGCAGGGCACCUCUUCGUAUGUCAGAGUUUAUGGUUCAUGAUGACCACCUUUACUGCUCCCAGCACUGUUUACCUUUUGACCCUCAGUUGCACCGUACUUCCAGCUUCCAGAGAAGUGUACAAUGCAACUCUCAUUGGGGCAGAUCUCACUUGCAUUGCACUUCUUGGAGAGAAACAGAGACUGCAUGGAGCAGCAAACGAUUAAACACCUCACUGCAUGGAUCACCUGUCACUAGAUGUCAAGAAGGAAUCCCAAGACUAUUUAGUAGCACGGACCUGGAGACAGCAGACACUUGGCUGCCGGAACACCGCCAGAUUACAGAAUAUGAGGAGGACACAUCCUGCUCAUCAUCAGACUCUGAGCCAGAAGGAUAUUUCCUAGGAAGGCCUAUCCCAAACUACUCGCUGAAUAGGGGAACAGACUCACCAGUGCGUGGAAAGAGUCAUUCCCUAAAAAGACGUCAGAUGGGAAAGAGCUGUAAGGUUUCUUAAACGUAUAACCUCCCAAUCCAAUUAUUGGUAAGGGCAGUGGGUUAUAGCGCAUAUGCUCAUUGUGGACAUUUAUUUCUUCUGAGCUAUAUGCCAUAGAUUUAGGGUCUAUCUGUGCCUUAUUAUGCAGUUCUGUCCCUACUGUGUCAUCAUUACUACGUCUACUUUGUAAGCGAUUAAUCAAAUGAAAUGUAUUUAAUGCACAUUAAAUUUUACCUGGGCAUUA